AUGGCAGAGGGAACUCAAAGUUUGUUAGCCAUUGCUGUCAGAGGGAAGUAUUCUUCAUUGAAAUAUACACUGACGGAAGACAAUGUCUACAAUAUUUGGGACAAUGUGGCAAACUUUGUGGAGAAACAGAUGACUCAAAUGAAGGGAGUCCAAAUUCCAGGCUUGGGUGUGUUUUCCAUCUGCCAGAAGAAAAUAGAAGUUGGUAACAACAGGUUUGUUAUUUCACAGAGACCUGUCUUUAAUGUCUCAGAGAAGUUUGCUCACAUUCAUGGUUUACAGUACCAGAAAUAUCACAUUCCAGGAACCAUCCCAGUAAUACCUCUCAACUUUACUUGUGUGUCAUUUGAAAGCCCCUUUGAUCGUGACACUGUAGAAAGAUGUGUGAAAGAAAUUAUAAGGGCUACAUCCUUGGCUGUUGCUGCGAAACGAAAUGUUGAGCUUUGCUUUGCUGGUAUUGGACGUCUUGUGAUCCGUCAAGGAAGAAUAAAGAUGAAGUUUUAUAAAGAAUUUGUCAGUGCAAUGGACUCCUCUGGAAAAGUAGUUGAAACACUUAUGAAUCGUGCCGGAACUGCUGACUCUGUCAUUUCUGAGCGGCCAUCUUCCAGACCUCACUCGAGUAGCACAAUUGUUCUGCCAACAAUACAUUCCAGUCAAGAUGGAGGAAUUACUCCCAAUUUUAGAAAUCUGACACCAGUACAAGAGGAAAAGCCAGCAGAAUGCACAGAGCAGCUUCCUGAUAGUUGCAGAGAUUCACUUUAUUUUCAUCCAGAUUUGGAAUCCCCAUCGUUUGGUGCAGAUGCAGCCGUUAUACCGGAUGACCAUACAUUUACACCUAGGAAUGCUGAAGGCACAGACAUUGACCCAGCCACCGAACAAGCCAUAGAGAAUAUAUUACAAGAAGGGGAUGCCUUUGCCAACAUCCAUUCAGUGACUGAGCCUAGACCCAAUAAGCAGACGGCUGUCACACAACGUAAAGGUUGCAGAAGCAGGACAGUGUCACAGCUGACUCUUCCAGUUUCUAAGGCAGAUGUUAUCAGCCUGUCUGAUGAAAUAGUGAAACCACCUACUUCACACAAACCUUGCCUCUCAGCCCAGCCUGUCAGGAAAUCAAGAAAUGAAGAAGAGCAUACAGGCCUGCAGCAUCCAGUGGCACCAACAUUUUUUCCCAUGCAACGUUCCAGAAGUUUUGAUAGUCGACUGAAUGACCUAAAAAUAGCCUACAGAACUCCAACUCCUCCAAGAUCAGCUUGUGGACAUCCCAUUGCUGGCCAGGAGCUCUGUUAUCUGUGUCACCAGCGUGCCAAAAGAAAUGUACCAGUUUCCUUUGCCAAGGAGUUGAAGAAAAGAGAUGAAGAGGAGGGCAGGCUUUUACAACAAUAUCAGAUCAUGAAAGAUGCAGAAGAAACAUUGAAAGACCAGGAGCAGCAUUGGGCACGGCGGCGUGAUCUUCAGAAGAUUGCAGCAUUUAAUCUUGGUGUAGCCGAAGCUGUUCACACCCAGAAAAAAAUAAAAGAUACAGAGCCACAG